GCGAGGGCGAAGAUGUACGACUCGUGUAACGCAUACAGUAACUUUUGAUCGUCCUUGGAGAGCAAAAUGUUGGAGAGAUCCUGAAGAUCAUCCCAUACUAUUGGUGUGAAAUCAUGCUGUGCGUCUUGACACGAAGCGCGUCAAGGACGUGCCUGGUGAAGCCCUGCCUUCUGCUGAGUCCGGUGUCGGUUGUCCAAAUUUUUGAUCGGUCGUUGGUCCAUCAGGAGGGUCUGCCAAAGCUACCGGUGCCGCCGCUUAAGCAGACAUGCGCGCGCUAUCUGGCCGCGCUCGAACCGCUGAUCAGCGCGGAGGAGAUGGUUCAUACGCGCAAGCUCGUGCAGGAGUUCCAGCUCCCGGGUGGUGUGGGAGAUAGACUGCAGAAGAGCCUCGAGCGAAAGGCACGCAAAACUGAAAACUGGGUAUCUGAUUGGUGGAUGCAGUCAGCCUAUCUGGAUUCUCGAAUGCCAGUGGCGAUGUACACUAGCCCUGGGGUUGUCUUACCCAGAAUGCACUUCCAAGAUCGGCAGGGACAAAUGAGGUUUGCUGCUAAGCUCAUUGCUGGAGUUUUGGAUUUCAAAAGCAUGAUUGAUAGUAAAACAUUACCUGUGGAAUAUCUGGGUGGAAAGCCUCUGUGCAUGGACCAGUAUUAUCAAGUCCUGUCGUCAUGUCGCAUCCCUGGACCCAAGAGGGACACUGUGUUGAAUUACGCUAUUGGAAAGACCUCGCCUACGCACAUCACAGUGGUCCACAACUUCCAGUACUUUGUUCUGGAUGUGUACAACAGUGACGGUUCACCACUGACAGUAGAUCAGAUCUAUGUUCAGCUGGAGAAGAUCUGGAACUCUUCCCUUCAAACCAAUAAAGAGCCGGUUGGCAUUCUGACCUCCAACCAUCGUAACACGUGGGGCAAAGCCUACAACAACCUUAUUAAGGACAAGACAAACAAGGAGUCAGUGCGUGCCAUCCAGAAGAGCAUCUUCAUGGUGUGUCUUGAUGCUCCAAAGCCACGGGUGUCAGAUGAGAUGUACCACAACAAGGUUGCUGCUCAAAUGCUUCAUGGGGGAGGCAGUCGUUGGAACAGUGGCAACCGAUGGUUCGAUAAAACGCUGCAGUUUAUAGUUGGGGAAGAUGGAUCUUGUGGACUCACUUAUGAGCAUGCACCAGCUGAGGGACCGCCUGUUGUUUUUCUGGUGGACCAUGUUGUUGGCUAUAUGAAAAAAACAGAGAUGGUACGAACUCCCAUGAUUCCACUACCUAUGCCAGUGAAACUCAGAUUCAACAUCACGCCUGAAAUCAAGAAGGACAUUGAGAAAGCCAAGCAAAACAUGAACAUAAUGGUGCACGAAUUGGACGUUCGAGUGCUCAACUUCACACACUAUGGCAAAAAAUUCCCCAAAUCUCAUAAACUGAGUCCAGACGCAUUCAUUCAGAUCGCUCUACAGUUGGCCUAUUACAGGAUGUAUCAGACAUGUUGUCCAACCUCUGAGAGUGCCUCCUUACGCAUGUUUAAACUGGGCAGAACAGAAGCCAUUCGAUCCACCACCACAGAGUCCCUGCAGUUCACACAAGCCAUGUAUGAGCCAUCAACACCUAAUAGUGAGAAGGCCAGGCUGCUCGAAAUGGCGAUCAAAGUCCACAGAGAGCACACACACAUGGCGAUCCAUGGACAGGCUAUAGACAGGCAUCUGCUGGGUCUGAAGAUGGUAGCCAUUGAAGAUCUGACGUCUCUACCUGAGAUCUUCAUGGACACAUCCUUUGCCGUGGCUUCACAUUUUAACCUGUUCACUAGCCAGGUUGGAUCAAAGACAGACUGUGUUAUGUGUUUUGGCCCUAUGGUUCCUGAUGGUUACGGUGUCUGCUACAACCCCAUGGAUGACCAUAUUAAUUUUGCUGUGACGGCCUUCAACAGCUGUGAGGAAACAAAUGCCACUAAACUGUCCAGGUUUCUAGAGGAUGCCCUUCUGGAGAUGAAGACCUUGAUGGAGCAGGUGUCUAAGGCCAGUGAUUGACACUUCAUUACUGGAGAAAGAAUCUCACAGAGGGUCUGACAACUCUUCAGACUGAAAACAAAAACCCUUUGAAGUGUGGCUUGUACCUGUUUUAGUAUAAUUUACCUGACUUUAGAUACUGGUACCACAAAUCUUUACACUUGUUGUGUGUAAUAUUUGGAUCUUAAAAUAUUUACUUCCAUCACAGCUUAAUAGACUUAAUAGACAACAAGGAAGCCAUUUUAAAGCUGAUUCUCCCGGAAACAAUCUGGUGCUACGAAACAUUGCUCUGUUUGUUUGAGCAUCCCGACCAGUGCAACACAGCAGUAUUGGCUCAACCAAAGGCAACAGUUUGUUUGUCAAUGAAGGAUCGUGUGAGUGUUUAAAAACUUGGCUCCAAAAAAAUUCAUAUUUUAGCUUUAAGCAAAAGGCUUAUACUUUUUUGUGCUAUGUGGCAACCACAAACAAAUUGGAACAACAGAACUCUUUGUUCUUUUGUUCCAUUUGUUUAAAAUGUAGGUUUGAGAAAGUUUCAAUGUGAUCCGGUGGAGGAUCAGGUGCAGUAGGUCCAAAGUAGGUUGUAAUUUAUGCAAAACCUCUUAUAUUUUUAAAACAUCCGAAAUAUAAUUUUAUUAUUUCUAGAUUUGCUAUUUGUGCUUUUAGAUUAUCAGUCAGUUACAAAUUAACUCCGUGAAAUAAAUAUAUAUAAACAGAA